GCGGGCGUGUGCGUGCGGGGCGAGCCGGCUGUAUAUAGAGGAUGUGCCGCUGCAUGGCUCGCCCCGGCCGCUGCCGCGCCAGGUCUCUCCUCGGGCGCCCGUGAAGCCUCUUCGCCCUCGCCGCCUGGGCAGCCGCUUGGUUGCCCGCUGUAGGCGCGCCGAGCGCAGCUGCCGGCCGCUCUCUCGGAGCCGUUUCCGGCGCCCCGGCGUCCCUACCGAGGCGGCCGCCUCCCGCGGCUUCUCCGCUCCGGGGGAGAGAGCGUCAAUGCGGUGCAAAUGGCCGGGGCACAGCCAGGGGUGCACGCUCUCCAGCUCAAGCCCGUCUGCGUCUCCGACACCCUGAAGAAAGGCAUCAAAUUCGUCAAGUGGGACGAUGACUCCACUGUUGUGACUCCAAUUAUUCUCAGAACAGAUCCACAGGGAUUUUUCUUUUACUGGACAGAUCAAAAUAAGGAGACUGAGCUGCUAGAUAUCAGCCUUGUCAAAGAUGCCAGAUGCGGAAAACAUGCCAGAGCUCCCAAGGAUCCAAAACUGCGUGAACUGUUGGAUACUGGGAACCUAGGAGGUCGACUGGAAAAUCGAAUGAUAACUGUUGUCUAUGGUCCAGACCUGGUCAAUAUAUCAUACUUGAACUUGGUGGCAUUCCAAGAGGAUAUAGCAAAGGAAUGGUCAGAUGAAGUGUUCAGUUUGGCAACAAAUCUGUUGGCACAGAACAUGUCAAGGGACGCAUUUCUGGAAAAAGCUUAUACAAAACUUAAGCUGCAGGUGACUCCAGAAGGGCGCAUUCCUCUGAAGAACAUAUAUCGCUUGUUUUCUGCUGACAGAAAACGGGUAGAGACCGCAUUAGAAGCUUGUAAUCUUCCAUCUUCCAGGAAUGAUUCAAUCCCUCAAGAUGACUUCACACCAGACGUGUACAGGGUGUUCUUAAACAACCUCUGCCCUCGGCCUGAGAUUGACCACAUCUUUUCUGAGUUUGGUGCCAAGAGCAAACCAUACCUUACUGUUGAUCAGAUGAUGGAAUUCAUAAAUUUUAAGCAACGUGAUCCACGAUUAAAUGAAAUCCUUUAUCCACCGUUAAAACAAGAACAAGUUCAACAGCUGAUUGAGAAGUAUGAACCCAACAGUAAUCUAGCAAAGAAAGGACAGAUAUCAGUGGAUGGAUUUAUGCGGUAUCUGAGUGGAGAAGAAAACGGCGUUGUUCCACCUGAGAAACUGGAUUUAAAUGAAGAUAUGUCUCAACCACUGUCACACUAUUUCAUCAAUUCCUCACACAACACCUACCUCACAGCUGGACAGCUGGCUGGUAACUCAUCAGUGGAGAUGUAUCGGCAAGUGCUUUUGUCAGGCUGCCGCUGUGUGGAGCUGGACUGCUGGAAAGGACGAACAGCUGAAGAAGAGCCAGUCAUUACACACGGAUUCACUAUGACAACUGAAAUAUCCUUCAAGGAAGUAAUAGAAGCUAUUGCUGAAUGUGCAUUUAAGACAUCACCCUUUCCAAUCCUCCUUUCCUUUGAAAAUCAUGUGGAUUCCCCUAAACAACAGGCAAAAAUGGCAGAGUACUGCAGAUUAAUAUUUGGAGAUGCAUUGCUUAUGGAUCCAUUGGAAAAAUACCCGCUUGAACCUGGGGUUCCUCUUCCAAGCCCCAUGGAUUUAAUGUAUAAAAUUCUGGUGAAGAAUAAAAAGAAGUCACAUAAGUCUGCAGAUGGAAGUGCAAAAAAGAAGCUUUCGGAGCAAGCUUCCAACACAUGCAGUGAUACGUCUAGUAUGUUUGAACCUUCCUCCCCUGGAGCAGGAGAAGCAGAGAUUGAGAGCGAUGAUGAUGAUGACUACGAUGAUGACUGUAAAAAGUCGUCGAUGGAUGAAGGUACUGCUGGAAGUGAGGCUAUGGCCACAGAAGAGAUGUCUAAUCUGGUGAACUACAUUCAGCCUGUGAAGUUUGAAUCAUUUGAAGUAUCAAAAAAACGCAACAAAAGUUUUGAAAUGUCUUCCUUUGUGGAAACCAAAGGGCUUGAGCAACUUACGAAGUCUCCUGUGGAAUUUGUGGAAUACAACAAAAUGCAGCUAAGCCGAAUUUACCCAAAGGGAACACGUGUAGAUUCUUCGAACUACAUGCCACAAGUCUUUUGGAAUGCCGGCUGCCAAAUGGUUGCUCUUAAUUUUCAAACUGUAGAUUUGUCUAUGCAAAUAAACAUGGGAAUGUACGAGUACAAUGGCAAAAGUGGAUACAGGUUAAAGCCAGAAUUCAUGAGAAGACCAGACAAACACUUUGAUCCAUUUACUGAAAGUAUAGUGGAUGGAAUAGUAGCUAACACCUUGUCUGUCAAGAUAAUUUCAGGUCAGUUUCUUUCUGAUAAAAAAGUUGGUACCUAUGUGGAAGUCGACAUGUUUGGCCUGCCUGUGGAUACAAGAAGAAAAGCUUUGAAGACCAAGACCUCUCAAGGCAAUGCAGUUAAUCCUGUCUGGGAAGAGGAAGCCAUAGUGUUUAAGAAGGUUGUCUUACCUUCCCUGGCAUGUUUGAGGCUAGCAGUGUAUGAAGAAGGAGGCAAAUUUAUUGGUCAUCGGAUAUUACCAGUCUCAGCAAUUCGACCAGGCUAUCACUACAUUUGUCUGAGGAAUGAGAGGAACCAACCUUUGACACUGCCAGCUCUCUUUGUGUACAUAGAAGUCAAAGACUAUGUACCUGAUACAUAUGCAGAUGUGAUCGAGGCCUUAUCCAAUCCAAUCAGAUAUGUAAACUUGAUGGAGCAAAGAGCUAAGCAACUGGCCGCACUGACCCUGGAAGAUGAAGAAGAGGUAAAGAAGGAGAUUGACCAUGGAGAUGCACCAUCUGAAGCUAACAAUGAACCUAGGCCCACACCAGCAGAAAAUGGAGUAAAUUACACUGCCUCUCUUACACCGAAACCAGCAACUCAGGUUGUCCAUAGCCAACCAGCACCAGGUUCGGUGAAAGCACCUGCAAAGACAGAAGAUCUUAUUCAGAGUGUCCUCACAGAAGUGGAAGCACAGACUAUUGAGGAGCUAAAGCAACAGAAGUCUUUUGUCAAGCUUCAGAAGAAGCACUACAAGGAAAUGAAGGACCUUGUAAAGAGGCACCACAAGAAAACCACCGACCUUAUUAAAGAGCACACUGCAAAGUAUAAUGAAAUCCAAAAUGACUACCUGCGACGAAGAGCAGUUUUAGAAAAAACAGCAAAAAGAGACAGUAAGAAAAGAUCUGAAACGGGCAGCCCAGACCACAGUUCUUCAACUAUUGAACAGGAAUUAGCUGCACUUGACUCUGAAAUGACCCAGAAGCUAGUCGAGCUGAAGGAGAAGCAACAACAGCAGCUGCUAAAUCUCCGACAGGAGCAGUAUUACAGCGAAAAGUACCAGAAACGAGAGCACAUUAAGCUGCUUAUUCAGAAGUUGACAGAUGUAGCAGAGGAGUGUCAGAACAGCCAGCUAAAGAAACUGAAAGAAACAUGUGAAAAAGAAAAGAAAGAAUUGAAGAAAAAAAUGGACAAGAAGAGGCAGGAGAAGAUCACAGAAGCGAAGUCCAAGGAUAAAAAUCAAAUGGAAGAAGAGAAGACGGAAAUGAUUCGAUCGUAUAUCCAGGAAGUGGUGCAGUACAUAAAACGGCUAGAAGAUGCUCAGAGUAAAAGACAGGAGAAACUUGUAGAAAAACAUAAGGAGAUUCGUCAGCAAAUACUGGAUGAGAAGCCUAAGUUGCAGGUGGAACUUGAUCAGGAAUAUCAAGACAAAUUCAAAAGACUGCCUUUGGAAAUUCUGGAGUUCGUACAGGAAGCCAUGAAAGGGAAAAUUAGCGAAGAUGGAGACCACAGUUCUGCCCCUUCUUCCCUGGCAUCUGACAGUGGAAAAUCAAAUCAUAAACCUCUGCAAAGUGAAGAGGAAUUGGAAGAAGAUAAUCCAGAAAAAGUGUUUGAUACUACUUUUUAA